AGUCUGACUGACUUCUUGGUGAGAUAGUGAAAAUUUUUUGAUAUUAUACGAUAAGUUUAAAUUUAGAAUUAAAAGUAAAGUAGAAAACAGUUAAUGUUAAAAUUAUCUAUUUUUAAAAACCUUUAUAAUAAUGUAUUUAUCACAAGAUAUUUAAAACACUGAUUGAAAGUAAAGUAAUAAAGAAAGUUUUAAAAAUGAGCAAACCAAAAAGAAAUCCGGGUCCUGUACCUCCCAGAUGGCUGUAUUGUCCUAGGAAAUCAGAAAACCUCAUUGCGGAUAAAUUUAUGGCUCUAAAAACACCAUUGAGUUCGGAUUUUGACGACCAAGUACCCCCGGAGUGUCGAUUUGACCCAAAAAUGGUGUUUGAUAUAGCAAAGUCUAAAAAGAUUAAAUUUGGACUAUGGAUUGAUUUAACCAACACUUCUAGAUUCUACAACAAAGCAGAUAUUGGGGAAUAUGGAUGUAAAUAUGUGAAAUUACAGUGUAGGGGUCAUGGAGAGACUCCAUCUCGUGAACAAACUGCUACAUUUAUUGAAAUUGUUACACGUUUUAUAAGUUAUCACCCAUUAGAAAGUAUUGCUGUUCACUGUACACAUGGAUUCAAUAGAACUGGCUUUCUUAUUGUUUCUUAUUUGAUUGAGAAGAUGGAUUGUGACCUUGGGAGAGCCUUAGCGUUGUUUGCAGAGUCAAGACCUGUAGGCAUCUAUAAAGGCGACUAUAUACAAGAAUUAUAUAAUAGAUAUGAUGACGUCAGUGAUGCUCCACCUCCACCAUCUCUUCCUGAUUGGUGUACAGAAACUGACGAUGGACAAGGGAAUGGCCUUGACGAUUUCGAUGAUGUUACGGAAGAUACAAGAAAACGAGUAGCUUCAACUUCUUCAAAUAACGAUGAUACUUCACCAAAAACUAAAAAGCGUCGUGUAAAGGAAGCCGUGUUUAUGGAAGGUGUACCUAACGUUACUCAUUUUCAAGAAGAAAAAGCAACCGAACUGCAAAAAAUGGUGCAAAAGAUGUGUAAGUGGGGACGUAAAGGCUUUCCAGGCAGUCAGCCAGUUUCUAUGGAUAUGAAUAACAUUAAUCUUCUAAAAUCCCAACCCUACAGAGUUUCCUGGAAAGCAGACGGCAUGAGGUAUAUGAUGCUUAUAAACGGUGAAAACGAAGUGUACUUUUUUGACAGAGAUAAUGAAGUUUUUAAAGUGGAAGGCAUAAGAUUUGUAUAUAGAAAUGAUCUUUAUCGUCAUCUGAACAAUACCUUAUUAGACGGGGAAAUGGUCAUAGACAAAGUUAACGGUCAAAGUAUCCCGAGGUAUCUGGUGUACGAUGUAAUCGUAUUCGAAAAUAAUGAAGUUGGGCAAUUACGUUUCUAUCCGGAGAGACUACAAUGUAUCGAAAAUGACAUAAUAAAACCACGUUAUAUGGCAAUGGAAAAAGGUAUUAUCAUCAAGAACAAAGAGCCGUUUAGCGUGCGAAAAAAGGACUUUUGGGACAUCAGCCAAGCUGGUAAUUUGCUGGGAGAAAAGUUCGCUAGAACAUUGUCUCACGAGCCAGACGGACUUAUUUUUCAACCAUCACUAAAACCGUAUGUUCCUGGAAGAUGUGAUGAAGUUCUUAAGUGGAAGCCCCUUAGUCUAAAUUCUGUCGAUUUUCGUCUAAAAAUCAACACAGAGAAAGGUGAAGGAAAAAUCCCGAAGAAAGUAGCUUACUUAUUUGUCUCACAACAAGUGGAACCUUUUGCAAUUACGCAAUGGACGAAAGAGCUAAAAGGUUUAGAUAAUAAAAUAAUUGAAUGUAAAUUUGAAGACAAUAAAUGGAAGUUUAUGAGGGAGAGAACUGAUAAGUCAUUUCCAAACCACAGGGACACUGCAUUAGGUGUAUGUGAGAGCAUUAUACAUCCCGUUACGAACGAAUAUCUGCUCCAAUUUAUAGACCAAUGCCUGCCUCGUUCCAAAUUGAUGCCUGCACCUUCCAGAAUGAUUAGAAGAUGAUUGUUUUUAUUUCAAUUGUUUAGUUAUUACACAAUUUUUAUUUAUUCAUUUAAGUAUGUUAUUUUUAUAUGAAACAUAAUUUAAGUUCCUUCGAGACCGGAUAUAAAAUAUGUCCUGCUAGUGACGUAAUGUGUGAUUAAUGAUAAAAUUACGUGGAAGUGAUCAUAGAACUAACAAUUAGUUUAAUUUAUGACGCGUUUUAUAAUUGACAAACAAUAUAGAAAGGUCCAGAUACGCAAGAAUAUUUUUUAUCGGUUUUGGCGUAUUGCGGCAGCUCAAGUUCAACAGUUUUGUUGUUAAUGCUAUUUUUCAAACUGCCAAGUAAAGUUACUUUUUAGUUAUGGCCCAUUUUUCUCUAAAUGUCGAAAAUAAUCUUACAUUUUUGUAGUUAUAAAGGACCUCUCCAAUAUUCCAAUGAUUAGGAAAAACAUGUUUUAGAGGGAAAACUUAGCUAGCUCGAUAUUAUUUUUAUUUUUUGAUUGUAAAAGAAUAUUUAAAGGAGUAUGAAUUAAUUAUAAAAAUAAACUCAAUAAUAAGUUGUUUAUCUAUUAAUGCAGUAAUUCUUUCUUUUACUUAUGUAUUAUUUUUCUGAGUAGGCAGAUUUUUGUUUGCAGUUGUUCAAAC